ACGAACGGCCACACGGAAGCAGUGAAAAUCCCAAUGAAACGAGAAAUCUAAUAAGUUUUAGCCUAAAAGUGUUGCAAUUGUUGGUGCAUUUAACGAUUUAAAGUAAAAUAAUUCAAAACACCUAGCCGCAUAGUUAAAAACCCCCAUAACACCUCACAUCGAGCCAUAAAAACACUUAAAAAUCAACGGCUGUGCAGCAGCAGGAAGAAGAGGAAGAGAGGUGCGUGGUGCGUAGUUAGUGCGAAAUUGCGUAUUAGGAAAGAAAACAACAACAAGCAGGGCUGCGAAAGCCAGCAAACAUUUUGAACAACAAACGUUAGCCAGCGAAGAACAAACAAACCGAACAUAUUGUCGCAUCUGCAGUGGGAGUGCCAAAAACUGGUUACAUGGGUCCGACGGAUCAAGACUGGAUCGGCUGUGCGGUGUCUAUAGCCUGCGACGAGGUCCUGGGCGUUUUUCAGGGCCUGAUUAAGCAGAUCUCCGCCGAGGAGAUCACGAUCGUGAGGGCCUUCCGAAAUGGUGUACCGCUGCGCAAGCAGAACGCCGAGGUGGUCCUGAAGUGCACGGACAUUCGCAGCAUCGAUCUCAUCGAGCCCGUGAAGGAGGAAAUAGAUGGUCACACGGCCCCGCCCCCCGUGAUAAACAAACCAACGCCCGUCAAGCUGCCCCACUUCUCCAACAUCCUGGGCAAGCAGCAGCAACUCCAACUCCAGCAGCAGCAGCAACAGAAGCAGCAGUACCUGGAACAGGAUCAGGAACAGGAUCUGCCAUCGACGCCACGGUCAAGGUGCAACGGAUAUGGACAAGGAGCGGCAGGUGCGGGAGGAGCAGCCCUAGCCGCAUCGAGUUCUUCGGGGUCACGUGGCAACUUUAACUCGGCGCUCAGCGAUAAGAUGCACCAGCUGAAGCUCAUCGAGACCAACGGCUCUAAUGGCACCCGAAGAACACCGCAAACAUCUCGGGCGUCCAGUGCCCAGCAGCAGCCGCAGAUGUCGACGACUCCUAACAGCGUGGCCGCCUUUUUUGGCAACUUGAUACCGCCGAAGGUUGAGGUGAAACUGGGCGCCUACGUGGCCAACACGCGGGAGAGCUACUGCAGCAGCAGUGGGGAAAGCGGCGAGGCGGCUGGGCUGUCAUUGGGCAGCAGCAGGCCCAUAGAUAUCGUCAGCAACGGAGAUGGAUUUUACAAGCAGCCAGCAGCCUCCAGCUAUGGAAAUGCAAAUGCCAAUGGCAGAAAAAAUGGCAACGUUAACAACAAUGGAAUUGGCAACGGAAACGGCUCUUACACCAAUGGAAAUGGCAACGGCAACGGAAAAAACAAGCGAAAUAGGGUACGACGGGAAAGCAGCAUGCGGCAACAGGUGCAGCUUACUUUUGGCAGCGAGGCGGACGAUCCACUGAUCCACGAAGACUUCGAUUUUGAGGGAAAUCUGGCGCUGUUUGACAAGCAGGCCAUUUGGGACGACAUCGAGUCGACGCACCAGAAACCAGACGAGGUGCGGCAGGUAGUCAACCACCAUCAUCACAAGCCGGAGCAGAAGUACCGACACGACGAGAACAUCUUGGCCAGUAAGCCGCUGCAGCUGCGCCAGAUCGAGAGCAUGUUCGAUGGCGGCCAGGACUUUGUGACAGAUGACGGACUCAUUAUACCCACGAUUCCGGCCUACGUUCGGAAUAAGAUCGAGAUGAGUGCUGAGAAGGCGGGCCUCUCGCUGCAGAGGCAGAUUGAUAUAUUGGCACGCGGGGCCAGUGACCUGGCCAUCACACUGCUGGGCGGUGCCAGACGUUUGACGCCGGCCAACAAUCAUCAGUGGCCGAAGAUAGCCAUCAUCUGCGAUGGCGUCAAGAACAUGAGAGCAAUUAACAUUGGAGCAGCCACUGGUCGCCAGCUGGCAUCGCAUGGUCUCACUGUACUACUGUACGUGGAGCAGGCCAAACUGGUGGAGCAUAACAGCAGCAGCGCUGAGAUUUCCUUGUUCAAGGCAACCGACAAUGUCAUAGUUCACUCAGUAGAUGCCUUGCCCACGCCAGAUCUUGUGAUAUUAUCGACUAACACCGCUAAUUUAUCGGAUGCGAUCAGGUUAUGGCUCGGUGUAAAUCGCGCUUCGGUGCUUGCCGUAGAUCCGCCGCCGUGUGGCAUAAAUGAGGUGGCUAUCAAGUACUCAAUUCUACCCAUACUACCAUUGAAUGGCAUAUCAACAGCAACAGCAUCAUCAUCUUCUUCGGCUGCUGCCACACCAACGCCCAUUGCCAGCACUUCGGCAGCAGCAGCGGCUAACAAAUCAGCAGCAGCAACAUCAACGAACAAUUGUGGCAAAUUGUAUUUAUGUAAUCUAGGUAUACCAGAUAAAUUCUAUCGUGAUUGUGGCAUUAAGUACAAAAGUCCCUAUGGACAUAAAUAUGUGAUACCGAUUCACUCAAAGGACUGAAACAACGACAACAAAAACACAAACACCAACAUUUACAACAGCAAUCAAACUGCAACAUCAGCAAUACCAGCAAACCAUUUAAACAAACAGACAAGCACACACAACAAAAACAAUAACAAUGACACACCCGCACACUUGUGAUGAUCAUCAAGUCCAGUUUCCUGUGAAUCUAGCUCUUAGUAGUCUUCUCAUAUAUUACUCAAAUUAAUCAUUUUGUUCUACGGCGCGUAAAGAUUUAGUUUUUAGGUUAGUUCAUGCAUCAGCCCUUUAAAUAAGUCUAGUUAUUAUAUCUAUUUUUCUGAAUUAAUUCAAAGCUGCCCCGGGCAAAUGCCAAACUAUAAUUAGUUUUCAACACCCUUUAGACUAUUUUUUUUAUUUCAUUUCUAAAACCACGCUAAUUUUUGUACAGCCCUCAGUUCAGAAAACUAGUCCUGCAUUUACAAGUUUUAAAAGCUUUAGUUUAGGCACACGCUAUACAAAAUUUUCCAAGCAUUCAAUCCAAACUUCAAAACCCCAUAAGAAUAAUUAAACAGAUGCUAUGGCCUUAAUUUGAAUUGUAAUUCCCUGUCCUUCCCGCAAGUGGUCUUUAUAAUCGUAAUCAACAAAUCAGGCGAUAAAUUGUUUGUAAAUAACUAUACAAUUCUAUGGGGAAAGAUAAGAUCAUGUUAAUUAUUAUCAAGUAUGCGCAAUAAAUGCCAAAUUCAAUGUCUAAUUUUAAGCAUAAAAUCAACAGCAAAAGCAACAACUAUUGUACGAUGUAAUAAGGAAAACAAAUCCAAGUAUAAAUCAAAUCAUAUAGUUAAGUUAGUUUCGUAAGCAUCAAGGGUUUAAACGAUUAACAAACAAACUAUAACAAACAAAACAACACUGAUAAAAUGAGGAACACUUUAUAUUAUAUAUAGACGUAUUUAAGAUGUGUCUUUAAGCAAAACUAAAAGUCGAGAGCAUAAUUUUUUACCCAUCGAAUACUAAAGAGAAAGAAACCACAACACAAUACAUAUACUCUAAACUGUAGAACGAUGAAUUUUAUAUAAGAUUAAAUCCAAUCUAAUAGUGCAAAAUUUUAGAAGGUUGCGACUCAGCAAGGCAACCAAAAACUCAAAACAAACAACCCAAAUGAAAACUACUUGUUGUAUAAAUAAUAACUAUAAUUGUAAAGAUAAAAAACACGUAGAUUCUAAAUUCCAAUCAUGUUGAUGAUCAUCUGCAAAUUCAAUUUCCAAAAACCAUCAAAUUAUAUUGUAAAAGAGAGUUGAAUGCGGAUCAAUCCACCGCAAGGCGGGUCCCGCAGUGACUGUUUUGUGUUAGGAGUAGAAGAGAUGACCAGACUUUAAAGGGAUGUUGGUGGAGAGCGGAUGAGAAGGUUUUCCCAAUACCACAGCAACAACUACAGAUUUCACUACCAAACGAAUAGACACCAACACAAAGAAAAACAACAAAAAUUCAGAUUUUGAAAACGCUUAAAAAUUCUAAAAACAUAUAUUUUCGGGCCAAUCGAAAUUGUUAAACAAAGAAUGAAAACCUAAUUUUAAAUUUAUACAUAAAAGACAAAAUUGUACAGAAAAUUCUCUUUUGGAACAAAAAUCAAGCAGAAAAAAGAUAGCGGAUCAAAAAAAAAGAAUACAAAAUGAAAGUCCUUUCCAAACGAAACAGCAAUAUUUAAAAAUACAAACAACACCGAGAAGCCUUCUCAUGGAAGAAAACAGA